GGCUCCAGUUUUCAACGUCGCGCACAUCCACCGUUCCCCACCUACCCCAAACAGCAUACAUCUUCUCUACAUCCAACUACAUACUAAAGGUGGUCGCCUGAUUUUACAUCCUUUUUUUGAGCACCGCAUCAAAUGGACAUUUUGAAAGGGUCGCCGCUGCCGGCGCAAAUCCAAGAGUGCAUAAGGUCUGUGGACUUAUCCAGGGAUGUCGAUCUUCUCCGCCUUGUUUCUACACUUCUCAAAUAUACCGUGCCUCAAACGUACCUCUCACUUCCAGGGCCCUGUCAAGACGCAGUUUCACGUGUGUUUCGUACAGUCGUUGGGUUGGGCAAUCUCACGGCACGGAUCGGGAUGUUCUCUCGGCAGAAAACGGACCUACCCCGAGAUGUAUGUAAGGCGCUAGAUGCCCAUAUGCAGCUUCUUCAUAAAGCUCUCGCUCCGGGUCUUGUUGGAGAGCUUGUGUUUUCAGCAAGUCUGGCGGCACGCCGAGAAAUAGAAAAGCUUCUAUUCAAAGGAAAAACGUAUGCCAUCGUGCGAGAGGCAGCCCUCAAUUACAGCGACAUGCACGUGCCUCCGAUGCUCCAAAACAUGGACGCUUAUACGGGCUUCUUGGCCACAGAAUUGCUCCUGCUAGAAGACGCGGCCUCUUUCAGUGUAGCGCUUCUCUCUUUCGGAAACAGCGCCGCGUUUUUCGACGUAUUGUUUUCCAGGGCACAUGCGGACUUUUUGCGCCAGACUGUGGGUACUAUGAAGCGCUUUGAGCGCAAACAGGUGCUUGUCAAAUUUCUCGACUUUGCGUUCUCGCGCUACUUGGGCUCGGGGGCCAGUAGCGAGGCGGUUGUGGCGGUUUCGGUGCUCAGUAGAGAGAUCAUAGACAAUUCUGUGUGGGAUGAACUACUCUUGGAAAAAGUGGUCUCGCGAUAUAGCUACCCCUUGAAUUCUAUGGUGGCACUACUGGUGGAUAGCGCCCCGAGCCUCGUGCCCAAAUUCCUAGCUACCUGGGGCGCCGCUGCGGGAUUGGUCAACGAACCUAUUGUGAAACAAGGCUACCGCACGCAUCUUCUUCUAUGUCUCUGUGCGCAAUUGCCUCCGGGUGAGCUACAAGACUUGCUCAAGCUGCCAGCAUUUGUAUCUGCUAUCACGAACCGGCUUUCCUCGCUCUCGUCGCAGGUGAAGUUUUUGGGUGUACUCUUUGCUGAUAAGCUAAGCAGCAUGGCGCAAGCGCAGCCCAUUUUCGAUAUGAACAAUAUGCGUGACAUGCAGCAGCCGGACUUCCCGGCGGACUUCCUCAAAAGCGCCGACUUUUCACUUUCUGUCACAGGCUCGUGGGAGGUGCUCGAGUCGCCAUAUAUUGUGGAGACCGGAGACUUGAAUUCGGAGGCUGGGAUUGAUCUCAAGCCACUCACAUUGCAGGAAACUCCCAAAAAAUCAUUCGCUGCUGACCUCAACAUGAGCGAUGAGGAGGACGACCCGACAUUGGCCAGUCGGGAAAAAGUCCCAGUGCCGAUCUACGUGCGUGAUCUCUUGUCGUACCUAAGUGUGGACUCAAAAGAUCAAAGCGCCUACGAAAAACAAAAGAUCGCGCUUGAGAUCACGCCAACCUUACUCAGGCAAAAGCUGGCAUUUGGCAGCGAAGUCUCCUUUUAUGCUAACGAUCUUCUUGCGCAAUUGGUCGGCUUGUCAAAUCAAUAUGACGACAACAAUUUCGAGACUUCGCGCUUGAACGCAAUGAUAGCAGUUGUUGUGAGCUACCCCGAUGUGUCGCUCCACUUGUGCAAGUUGCUCUUGACCGGUGACUAUUCUCUACAGCAAAGACUAAGCUUGCUUUCAGCAAUGUCUUUUGGUGCACGUGCUCUUCGUGGGUACAAGGACGAGAUUGUAGAUAACAGCUUUAAGCCAACCCCGUUUCCCUCGAAAACGCUCCCCAAAAAGCUUCAUGAUCAGUAUACAGCUAUGGACUAUGGUUAUUCUCGGAUCGAAAACUCCAUUCAAAACGCCUUGAUGAGAGAGUCGUCUGAAGAAGCUCGUGAUGAACUCAGCGGGGGGAGAGUGCUCAGGGUAUCUGCCAAGUUACGUAAAGAGCCCAAGACACUCGAGGUAUCAAAGGAUCAACUUCCUAAUUUUCGUGAUAUCGUCGGCAGGCUCUUCUUCUUCCCCCUCGUCGCUGUUUGGUAUGAGAGUGGAGGCAUCAACAUCGGUCAUUAUACACCUGUUCUUAUAGCACAUUAUGUGAGGACUCUAUCUUUGAUAUUGCACUGUGCCUAUCCUACAGCGAUUGAUCUCAAGGACAUGGCAGGGGAAUAUUUGACUUUGGUGACACCAGUGCUUCAAAAGGUCGGCACUGACCAAUUGCAAGUAAUAGAAAGCAUUGUUACAGGAGUAACUUUGAUCUGUGAAAUAUUGGAUCCAACUUUCUUGAUCACUUCUUUCGAUGGAAACCUCCAUAUUAUUGAGAGCGUACUACUGCAAUGGUGGGAAUCUCUUAUUGAUGACAGAGUCAAGAGUUUGUGUGCUGGUCUUCUUUUAAGGCUCAAUCGGCUCCGGGAGAAUAUGGAAAGAACCUUACUUGAUCAGAUGAAUGGGGCACUUUUUGCAUGAGUUCCUACAUACUUGUGCUUACUUAAAAUGUUUACAAUCACAAGCAGUGGCAUUUGUUGAGCUGAUAGCGCGUAUUUCAAAACAAGUAAGUUAGAGGUGAAAAAGAAUAAAGUCUACCAUACAACGAUAUGAAGUCGAACACAGUUCGCACUGAACACUACUGCAAAGUAAUCAAUUUCAACUGCAGCAAUAUGAGUUUGGAAUCCCCCUUCAUUUCAUAGCUCCAUACCAAUAAUUUCAUCAAAGAGUUUUAGUACUGGCAUCGCGGUCAAUUUGCUCUCAUUUG